CUCAUUUUCUCAAGGGAAAGAAAAUGCUUUGAUAUAAAGCCCUACUUCACUUCCAGCUUCCCCUGCUAAACCCCACUCCAGUAGAGACCCAGCGUUGAUAAAAACAGGACAAGUGAAAAAUCAACUCUGCUCCGUGGCAGUUGAUGUUCCCACAGCUUCUUCCUUCCUGCCAUCUGCUUGCUCACAAUUGAGGGACAAGUUCAGCAGAUGCUGACUCGCCCGAGUCUUACCUGAAGAGUAACAAGCCAAGAAGAGCUUAGAAAGUGAUGGGCAGGGCUCGUAGAUCUCCACCAGGGCAGCACAGACACUGUGAGAAAUGCUUCAACCGGCACUGCAACAUUCCUGUGGAACCUGAUGUCUCCUGCCUGGUGAUAAAUUGCCGCCUGCUCUGUGGUGCCACCUUCCACAUGUGCAAGGAAGCAGAGCACGAACUCCUCUGCCCUUUAGAGCAGGUUCCAUGCCUCAAUUCUGAAUAUGGCUGUCCCCUUUCCAUGUCCCGCCACAAGCUGGCCAAGCACCUACAGUUUUGCCCUGCCAGUGUGGUCUGCUGCUCCAUGGAGUGGAAUCGCUGGCCCAAUGUGGACUCUGAAACACCCCUUCAUGAGAACAUCAUGAAAGAGACCCCUAGUGAGGAAUGCUUGGAUACAGCCUUGGCCCUCCAGGACCAGAAGGACCUUUUCAGCAGUUUGAAGAUGGUUGAACUUUUCCCAGAAACUAGAGAGUCCAGGGAGCAGGAACGAACUGUGAAUGGUGAAACCAGCUGGGAGGAAAUGGGAGGAGCAGUGGGUGGAGUGGAUGCUUCUUUGGUACCUAAUGCCUCUCUGCCAGCAAUCAAUGGAGAGAUGGUAGAGUUGAGCCAGGAAGAACGAGAGGUAUUAGCCAAAACUAAAGAAGGAAUGGAUCUGGUCAAAUUUGGCAAGUGGGAAAAUAUAUUCAGCAAAGAGCAUGCAGCCUCUGUCUUAACAAAUCCAUCCAUGAUUUGUGAGGGCACAAGCAAGAAUGGCUCUGGAAAAGAACAGAUUUUCAGCAACAGGAACAUGGUAGCAAAUGGUGCUGCCAGUGGGAAAGACUCAGAGGAAAACCAGAAGCAAGAGGACUUUCAUGCAGCAAUAGAAACAACAGGGCUUGCUCCUUGGCAGGAUGGUGUUUUGGAAAGGUUGAAAACAGCAGUGGAUGCAAAGGACUAUAACAUGUAUCUGGUGCACAAUGGGAGAAUGCUUAUUCACUUCGGCCAGAUGCCUGCUUGUACACCUAAGGAGAGAGAUUUUGUCUAUGGUAACCUUGAGGCUCAGGAAGUUAAGACUGUUUACACCUUCAAAGUUCCUGUGAGCUACUGUGGAAAGCGGGCUCGGGUGGGAGAUGCCAUGAUGAGUUGUAGGCCAAGUGAACACAAGGCAGUAGACACUUCAGAUUUAGGUAUCACGGUGAAAGACCUGCCCAAAUCUGAUCUUAUCAAGACCACCCUACUGUGUGCUUUGGAAAGAGAACUCAAGGGUCAUGUCAUCUCUGAGUCUAGGAGCAUUGAUGGGUUGUUUGUGGACUUUGCUACGCAGACAUACAACUUUGAGCCAGAGCAGUUUCCCUCUGGGACAGUACUGGCUGAUCUCAUAACCACUCCCCACGCAGAGGGUCUCCAUGUGGAACUCCACAGUGAAUGUGUGACCAGAAGACACAACAAAAGCAGUUCUGCCUUCACCUUCACUUGCAACAAGUUUUUCAGGAGGGAUGAAUUCCCCCUACAUUUCAAGAAUGUCCACACAGACAUUCAAUCAUGUCUCAAUGGCUGGUUCCAGCAUAGAUGCCCCCUGGCCUACUUGGGAUGUACAUUUAUUCAAAAUCAUUUCCGUCCCCCAGGGCAAAAAGCAAAAUUGAUCUACAGUCAGAAGCUCCAGACCUUUGCCAUCAAGCCUGAAGUUGCUUCAGAGCUGAGUGAGGAAAGGAAGAGUAAUCACCUCUCUGGGCAUGGAGAAAAAAGCCAGAAAUCUCUAACCAGCUUGCCUUUGGAGGUUUUGCAGUACAUUGCUGGAUUCUUGGACAGCGUCAGCCUUUCCCAACUCUCCCAGGUGUCUGUGCUGAUGAGAAAUAUCUGUGCUACUUUGUUACAAGAGAGAGGAAUGGUUCUUCUUCAGUGGAAAAAGAAGUAUUCUCAGGGAGGCACCUCCUGGAGUGUCUGCAGAGAGAUCUGGCAAUUCAGCAGCCUCUUCUCCAAAAUCAAGAGCUGGGAGUUUAAUGAAGUCGCAUCCAUGUCUGAACACCUGAAAACCUGUCCUUUCAAUGUAGUCGAGCACAAGACGGACCCAAUUCGUUUGAUAUGCAUGUGUCAGCCCCAAGAGCAAACCCGAGAGAGCUUAGUAACAACCUUUAGGGAUAAACCUCGAGGAAGACACAACUACUAAAAACAAAGUUGUCACUGUUCUUGGAU